AUGGAAUCUGCCUUAAAUAGCUCUUUCAUUCUCUAUGAAGAAAUCCAUAGCACCUUUUUCAUCAAACUGAAUCGUCCAGAAUCUCUAAACUCCUUCAACAUGGAAAUGCUUAAUAUUUUACACUCACUAUCUCGUAGAGCCAAGCUUGAAAACAAAAAUAUCUUAUGGUAUGGUGAAGGCAGAGCUUUAAGUGCAGGCGGAGAUAUAGUGAUUAUGACCAAAGGUGAAGUCGAUGUUGAAGAAAUUUUUGAAUCUGAGUCUAAGUUAUGGUAUUCUUUUUCUCAAAUUCCUACUAUAAGAAUCGCUAUCAUGGAUGGUAUCACAUUUGGAGGUGGAGCUGGAUUAGCAUGGUCUUGCUCUAUUAGAGUCGCUACUCCAAAAACUCUUUGAUCUAUGCCUGAAUGCUCUAUAGGAUACUGCCCAGACGUAGGAGCUUCUCAUUUUUUAAGCAGAGUAAACCCUUCAGAGCUAGGUUUAUAUUUAUCAUUAGCUGCUGAAAGGCUUAAUGGUAUUGAUUGCUAUCUUUUUGGAUUUGCUGAAUACUAUAUAGAAAAAGAUAAAAAAGAAAUUAUCAGAGAAAUGCAAAGUGCUGGGAAUUUAAUAGAAAUUUUAGAAAAAUAUCAUAUAGAUCCAGAUAGAAAUAAAUCGAAAAUAUUACCAGUUUUGAAGGAAUUGAGAUAUUGCUUUGAUGUGCAUUUAAAUUUGGAGAUUAUUAUUUAUAGGUUGAAAUUGGUAGGGAGUGACUGAAGUCUUAAGACUUUAAAAAGGAUAAGCGAACUAUGUCCUUUAUCAUUAAGAAUUGCAAAAGAAGCAUUCAGAAGAGGAAUACAUAUGAGCUAUAGAGAAUCGCUUAUUAUGGAAUAUAACUUAGCAGCACAGCUAAUUAAGCAUCAGCCUACAAAUUUCAAUUCUGCAGUAAACAAUAAACUUAUUACCAAAAAUCAAAAGAAAAUUGAAUGAAACCCAGACUCAAUUAUCUCUAUAGGAGAUACAACAAUUAUGCCUUAUUUCAUAAAUAGUAAUGGGAGAAAACUUCAAUUGCCAAGACUCUAA